CUGUUAAUGUCUACAACAGCAACGCCAAACAAUACCUUAAAACUUUACGCAUAGCCAACAAAAAAACAGCAGAAAGAUCGAUUUUUUACAUACAAUAUACACACAAAACUAAUUGUCAGAGCUAUGGCUAACAACCCUUCACAGCUUCUCCCUUCAGAGCUAAUAGAUCGAUGUAUUGGGUCAAAGAUUUGGGUGAUAAUGAAAGGAGACAAGGAACUUGUUGGAACUCUCAGAGGUUUUGAUGUUUAUGUCAACAUGGUUCUUGAAGAUGUUACUGAAUAUGAAUUCACUGCUGAAGGGCGUAGAGUGACAAAGCUCGACCAGAUCUUGCUUAAUGGAAACAACAUUGCGAUUCUGGUCCCUGGUGGUUCCCCUGAUCCAGAAUGAGUGGUGGCUCGUGCGCACAUUUAUCUUCCAGAAUAGCCCGUGUUAUUUUCAGGGCAGCAAUUUUAGGGAAUGUGGUUUACCUUAACUUGGUAUGCUUGCUUGCUUGUAGAAGAUGGAUGAAUUAGUAAACACAUUUUUUAAGCUUAUUUUAUUCUACACAUCUUAAAUCAAACACUUAGAAUCCUCCCCUGUAAUAUGAGUUCUUUCUUGAAUUUAGACACUUGUUAUUUUCCCUC